AUGUCCGGCAUCAAGUUGCGAGCUGUCAACAAGCUUGAAUUCCUUCCACAACUUGCCGGUGGCCAAAUGAUAAGAAUGGGAGAACCUUUCAUUGAGAUGAUUUCCAGACCGAGCACCGAAAUGCUGAAGGCAGGACAUAUUGGCGACGACGAAGGAGAGUGUAUGGGAAAAGCCCGAUGGUAUAGUACCCCCUUCAUGCUAACUGCAACGAAACAAUCUAAAUGGGACAUGCCGGAGGAGCUCUUAUUGAUCCUGGAAAAGGUGGAAAAGGAGAGCGGCCCUAUCGCAGCUCCCACGAAUCGUCUACCACCCAUCCCAGUGGCACCACAAGGCACUCCCGCCCCAGUGGUAAAUCCUAUGGCCCUACCCACCAAUAAUGUCCCUCAACCGGGAGCUCUCAAUCCACUCACUGGAGCGAUGGUACGGCCUGGAAUGCCAGGGCCCGUAACGCAGCCCGCGCAAACCCCCUUUCAACCUCCUCAAAUCCCGGCUCGUCCGACGAACCCUGACGAACCUGUUGUACCAACCAACGGCUUUUCAACACAUGAAGAAGCAGAAAAGGCGUUCUGGUACCUCCUCAAGAAGAACAGCAUUGGUCCGGAUUCCAGUUGGGAAAACACUAUGCGUGCUAUUAUCACAGAUCCAUUGUAUAAGUCGUUCAAUACCAUGGCGGAACGUAAAGAGUCAUGGCAGAAGUACGUAGACACCCUGAAGAACAAAGAGGCGGAGGAAAAAGAGGCUCGCAUGAACAAGCAACGACCUGCCAUAAGGAAUCUAUUGAAGGGCAAUCCAAAUGUCUUUCAUUACACUUCCUUCGAAACAGCUGAUCAAUUAUUUGCUCAACACCCCAUUUGGCAGCAA